CAGUACAGUAGAAUCUUGCCAAGCAUUCCGGGUUGCGGGAGGAGAGAGGGCGAGCGAGAGAGAGAGAGAGAGAGCGAGAGAGAGAGAGAGAGAGAGCGCAUGUGUGUGCUUGUGUGUGUGUGUGUGUGUGUGUGUGUGUGUAUCAAUGAGAGGGUGACUCCGUCUGUGCCUGCGUGUGUGUGUCUCAGUGAGUGUUUGCAUGUGUCUGGCGGAGGGGGAGUUACCAAGAGAAGGACAAAGUUGAGCAAAAGAAACGGGGGCAAGAAGGAGAAGAAAAACAAGCAAAUGGAGGGAAUGCACUUCUCAAUGGUUAAACUGAAUUGAAACAGGCAGGUCAGCCUUCUCUAGGCUCCGCCUCCUCUCACCUGGCGCUCGGCCCAGAAUGUUGCAGCAACUCUGCUCGCUCCCAUUGGCCCACACUCACGCAGCUUCGCAAGGAGGGAAAUGACUAACCUCUUUCAACCUCGUCCCUUGCCUCAACUUCCCCUUUUCUUUCACUCUCUUCCCCUCUUUCAUCUUCAGACAUAUUUGCAAUGGCUGGCUUUGCUGCACUCUACUAGGAAGUGCCUUUGCUGAUGUGUGCCGCAGCUUUGACCUGCUUCUACCGCUGAAGCUCUAUCUUCUCGCCGCCCCUUCUGCCUCGCUCGCUUGCUGCCAUAGCGCAAGGAAAGUUGGCCGCGCCCUCCUGACUCCUCCCCGACCUGUUCGUCCAUCCGUCAUCAUCACCAUCCAUCCCUCUCAGUGGGCUGCAGCCUCCACUAAUCCUCAUCUGACAGCCCAGCAGCCCAAUCCACCACAAGGCCCACACAGAGCAUCACACACUUUGCCUUUACUUAGCUUCGCCUUGGACCCUCUAAGCCGCCAUACAGUCCUCAGUGUUCUUAAUUCCCACCCCAACCCCACACAAAGCAGACUACACCCAGACUAUCACCUUUGUUGCCUGCUUCACCGCAUCUUAACCAGAGGGCUUUCUCUCCUAUGCCACUUUGACUUGCGAAUGUUCUUGAAAAGAAGAGUCAGUGAGCAAUAAGAGUGAACAUUCAGGCAGGCUCCCUCCUGGAUAAAAUCAACUUCCAUGAUCGGGAAGAUGGCGCAAUAACAGUCGCAGCCUUAAUUAGUCCUGCAGCAUUUCACCCUGGACACUUCUGUCAAUAGAAAUAAUUUUUCAUGUGUCAACUCAACCUCGCAGUCGAUAUCAGCAUAAACACACAAACGUAAAGAGAAGUCGAGGAUUAAAGCCAAAGCGGUACUUUUAUCAACGCUCAAACCGAUCCCAGCUCAGAGUUGUUUUUUGUGCCAGCGCAUUGCCAUGGCGAUGAACAUAGCACAGAUCCGCGACACAAAGUGGCUGACACUAGAGGUAUGCAGGGAGUUCCAGAGGGGCACAUGUUCCCGCUCGGACCAAGAGUGCAAGUUCGCUCACCCGGCUAAGAGCUGCCAGGUUGAAAACGGACGGGUCAUCGCUUGCUUCGACUCACUCAAGGGCCGCUGUUCCAGGGAGAACUGCAAAUACCUGCACCCUCCUCCGCACCUAAAGAACCAGCUGGAGAUCAAUGGCAGGAACAACCUGAUCCAGCAGAAGAACAUGGUCAUGCUGGCUCAGCAGAUGCAGCUCGCUAAUGCCAUGAUGCCCGCUACACAGCUACCGCCUAUGCCCAUGUUCUCGGUGACGCCCGGCCUGGCCACCAACGCCAGCGCUGCGGCCGCAGCUGCAGCCGUGGCUUUUAAUCCCUACCUGAGCCCUGUGUCGCCAGGCCUGAUGCCCUCAGAGAUCCUGCCCAAUGCCCCAGUCCUCAUGGCUUCCAGCCCCGCCGUCAGCCAGGUCCCCAACGCUGCCGCCGCAGCCCAGAAGCUGCUGAGAACAGACAGACUUGAGGUGUGUCGCGAGUACCAGAGGGGGAACUGCUCCCGGGGAGAAGAAGACUGUCGCUUUGCCCACCCUGCAGACAGCACCAUGAUCGACACGAACGACAACACUGUCACCGUGUGCAUGGACUACAUCAAGGGGAGGUGCUCCCGCGAGAAGUGCAAGUACUUCCACCCGCCGGCGCACCUGCAGGCUAAAAUUAAGGCCACCCAACACCAGGUGAACCAGGCCUCAGCCGCCGCUGCCAUGACUCAGUCGGCUGUCAAAUCACUGAAGCGACCCCUCGACGCAACCUUUGACCUGGGUAUCGCCCCCAGUGUCAUGGCUACCCUGCCAAAGCGGGCAGCCCUGGAGAAGGCCAACGGGGCCACUGCUGUGUUUAACACCGGCAUGCUCCAGUACCAACAGGCCCUGGCCAGCAUGCAGUUUCAGCAACAAGCUGCUUUCCUCCCAUCAGGCUCAAUAUUGUGCAUGACCCCUGCUGCCGGCGUUGUUCCCAUGAUGCACGGUGGUACCCCAGUCACUGUGUCUGCAGCCACCACAUCUGCCACAAGCGUUCCCUUCGCAACUGCCUCCACCAAUCAGGACUCUUCCUUAUCAAAGUUGACUACCAACGAAUACAUGCAAUUGAUUCCAAUAAUAUCUGCCGAUCAUCUGAGUAGUCACAAGUACUUGACUCAAAUGUAGUUCCUCCUAAGAACAAUCAAAUGAAUGUGUGCUGGCACCGUCCAAGCCAAAACAGUUCAGCCUUUAUUUACAUACAACUUCAGAAUGUCAAGCAACGGGACUGAGGAGGGUCCGCCAUCUGUCGAAACAUCAAGGGUGCGACCCGUGCCAUCUUCCCACAUGUCAAAACCUGCGAGAGAAAGGGAUGUCUUGGUGCCUGGGGAUGGGUGAGGGGCAGUGGGUCUCAUCACACCGCUGUACAUCUAAAUCACAGCACUCGAUUGGUUGUAAUUCACUUCACUGGACGUAGAGAAGGUCAAUGAGUGGCGUUGCGUGAGUCAAGAUACACCUCUGGUACGUCCGGCGACCAAGAUUUAUUUUAUUCUGUUUGUUUUUGUUUUCAUUAAGCAGCCAUAUUUCAUCGUUUACAAAAAGACAUGCACCUUGAAUUUGAAUCGAAAUGAGAACGGCGCAGCCAUUUUGAAACAGGAAUCUGCUAAGACGAUUGAGCGCGUGCAGUAUUGUGUGUGUGUACAGCUACUAGUCAAACUAGACACGGAUGGAUGAAUAAAUGAGGGUCGUGGACAUAUGAAUGUUGUGGGUAAACCAACAUACCUGUGUACCUUGAAAGCACAGCCAGGCUUGCUCUUCUCUCCUUGUCAUGUGCCAUGGAGGCCAUACAGCUCAAACCAGAGUGUUGUCUCAGCAGUGUUAUUUGUUUACCGAGAGUGAAAUUUAAAAUAAGAAUUGUAUGGCUCUUAAGAUUGUUUGGAUUUUUUUUAAAUGUUAAUAAUUUUAGAAGUGGGUUUUGUGCUAAUUUUUGUGUUCUUUUUAAUUAUGACUUUUAGAUGGGGGGGUGGGGGGGGGUGUACGGUAGUUCCACUUUUCAUAGACUAGAGUGCUGUUAACUUUUUUUUUGGUCUUGUCGGGAUUAAGAUGUCGCUCAAGUCUGUCGACUCUAAAGCCUGUUGAUUAGGAGGGUUGUUGUUACCAUGUGCUCUUUUAAAGAGUGCCGAGUUUGUUAGAACUUUGAGCUGUGUGCUAAUGGCAGUGAAAGAUAAGUGUUAGGUCAUUGUAAACAGGAAAAAAAAAAAAAAGUACACUUCAAUGUUUGUCUGAGUAAAAUGUCACUGAGUGAAACCUAACAGAG